AUGGCCUCUACCAAAGCCUUCAUCAUCAUUGCCAUGGCCGCAGUUUUUCUUCCUUCCAUUCUGGGAAAGGAGUUCAUCGUUGGAGAUAGCACUGGUUGGACAACCAACUUCGAUUACCAGGCUUGGGCUCAGGAUAAACACUUCCAAGUUGGUGACAAGCUUGUUUUUAAUUACAAGAAGGGAGCUCACAAUGUGUUCAAAGUCAAUGGAACUGCCUUCCAGCAGUGCUCAAUCCCACCUGCAAAUGAGGCUCUUACCACUGGAAAUGAUGUGAUUACCCUUGCCACCCCAGGAAAUAAAUGGUACAUUUGCGGUGUUGCCAAACACUGUGCCUUAGGAAACAUGAAGCUCUCCAUAACUGUGCAACCUCAAUUGGGAUCUUUGUCACCUUUGCCCUCACCUUCACCGGCUCCUGCCCCCUCAGCCCCGUUUAUGUUCUUAAUGAAUCUGAAUCUUGUACUGUUCUGGAUUUGGUCAUUAAUGGUUUUUAACUACCCAAAGGGAGCCCACAAUGGGGCCAGAGUAGAUGGAACUGCCUUCCAACAGACUGUGAUGCCCGCAGAUACUGAAGCUCUAACAACCGGCAAUGAUGUAAAUACACUUGCUACGGCAGGAAGAAAAUGGCAUACUUGCGUAGUUGGUGAGCACUGUGAGGCCGGAAACCAGAAACUUGCCGUAACUGUCCUCCCUCAGUUGGUGUCUCCAGCAGCUUCACCUUCGGAUAGUGAUGAUGCUCCCAGUCCCAACCCAACCCCAAAUCAGCAGCUUCAUCGUAGGUAUUUUGUAUUCUGGCCAUGA